AUGGAGGCGGAGACAGUUGUGUUCAAGUUGGAUGUUUCUGAUGAACGACUCAAACGGAAAGCUAUGGAAGCUGUCUGGAAGUUUUCAGGAAUUAAUUUCGUAGACGUCAGAGAAAUAGACAGACUUAAGAUAACAGGAAUUUUUAAGACGGCUGAAAUGGGGAGUAAACUACUGAAGGUAGAUAAAUCUGUUGUGAUCAUCCACCCACCGAAAAAUCACAAUCCGGUUUUCUCUUCAUUUUUACAGAAUAUAGAAGUAUUCAAGUUUAAAGUUCUCAGUGAAAACAUCUUACGGAAAGCGAACACGAUUAUCUGGCAGUUUCCAGGAGUUACUUCCGUGGAGGUGAAGGGAGACCAUCAACUACAAGUGAUAGGAGAGUUUAAUAAUGUUGAUAUGUGGGUGAAACUAACGGAGAUAGAUAAAUCUGUUAACAUGGUAAAGGCUGGAGCAAAAGUAGAAGCGCCACCCCAAAAGAAUGUGGGAUAUAGGAACUCUUUCUCCGCUAUGUCAAGAGGCCAAGCAAAAGAGGAAACCAAUAACAAACCUCUGGUGGGAGUUGCGCGUAGGCGUGAGCUUCCGCUUGAAGCUGCCGAGAGAGAAUUAGCGAAUAGGCGGCCAAUGGGCAAAGCAAAAGAAUACGAGGACUUGUUUCCCCAGAAGAAAGGAGCCUUCGGUGCACAGAAUAAUCGACAUCUUCCAAUCAAGCAGAAGCAGGAAGAAGGAGGCUUUCUUGCAAAGAUGUUUGAUAAUAAGAAGCCACAACAGGAUGGUUGGAACUUCUCUAGACGAAAUGCGGAACUGCACCCUUUUAUAGAGGAAAAACCGGAGUUAGAAAAAACACAAGCGCCAACGCAAGGUACCAGCAGCUACUCAAGCACUUCGUGGAAUCCCUCUCGGUCCAACCAAUCAAGUAGUUUUGGGGAUUCCUCUCGGUCCAACCAAUCAAGUAGUUUUGGAGAUUCCUCUCGGUCCAACCUAUCAAGUAGUUUUGGUCAUUCCUCUCGGUCCAACCAACCAAGUAAUUCUGUAAAUCCCUAUCUAUCCCUAGCCGGAAUGAGUGGAUCCACUACAACACAAACCCAACGAAGGAAACAUUGA